CAGGAGCGCGGAGCCGCCGCCGCUGCCGCCUCGGCCAUGCGGCUCCCGGGCCGGGGGCCUGGGCUCGGGCCCGCGCCGCCCCUUGCGCGUCUCCCUCGCUGAGCCAGCGCCCGGCCGGGGCGCCGCCCGGCACCAUGGUGCAGAAGUCGCGCAACGGCGGCGUGUACCCCGGCCCGAGCGGGGAGAAGAAGCUCAAGGUGGGCUUCGUGGGCUUGGACCCCGGCGCGCCCGACUCCACCCGGGACGGCGCGCUGCUCAUCGCCGGCUCCGAGGCUCCCAAGCGCGGCAGCAUCCUGAGCAAGCCGCGCGCCGGAGGCGCGGGCGCCGGGAAGCCCCCGAAGCGCAACGCCUUCUACCGCAAGCUGCAGAAUUUCCUGUACAACGUGCUGGAGCGGCCGCGCGGCUGGGCGUUCAUCUACCACGCCUACGUGUUCCUGCUGGUCUUCUCCUGCCUCGUGCUGUCAGUCUUCUCCACCAUCAAGGAGUACGAGAAGAGCUCGGAGGGAGCACUCUACAUCUUGGAAAUCGUGACCAUCGUGGUGUUCGGUGUGGAGUACUUUGUGCGGAUCUGGGCGGCGGGCUGCUGCUGCCGGUACCGCGGCUGGAGGGGACGGCUCAAGUUCGCCCGGAAGCCCUUCUGUGUGAUAGACAUCAUGGUGCUCAUCGCCUCCAUCGCUGUGCUGGCCGCUGGGUCCCAGGGCAACGUGUUCGCCACGUCGGCGCUCCGCAGCCUGCGUUUCCUGCAGAUCCUGCGCAUGAUCCGCAUGGACCGGCGUGGCGGCACCUGGAAGCUGCUGGGCUCCGUGGUCUACGCCCACAGCAAGGAGCUGGUGACAGCUUGGUACAUCGGUUUUCUGUGCCUCAUCCUGGCCUCCUUCCUGGUUUACUUGGCGGAGAAGGGGGAGAAUGAUCACUUUGACACUUACGCUGAUGCCCUGUGGUGGGGCCUGAUCACCCUGACGACCAUUGGUUAUGGAGACAAGCUACCCCAGACCUGGAACGGGAGGCUCCUGGCCGCGACCUUCACCCUCAUUGGCGUCUCCUUCUCGCUCUUCCCGCGGUAAGGCAUUCUGGGGUCUGGCUUUGCUCUGAAAGUUCAAGAGCAACAUCGGCAGAAGCACUUUGAGAAGAGGCGGAACCCUGCAGCGGGCCUGAUCCAGUCAGCCUGGAGGUUCUGCACCAACCUGUCCCGCACGGACCUCCACUCCACGUGGCAGUAUUACGAGCGCACGGUGACUGUGCCCAUGUACAGCUCGCAAACUCAAACCUACGGGGCCUCCAGACUCAUCCCGCCUCUGAACCAGCUGGAGCUUCUGCGGAACCUUAAGAGCAAAUCCGGGCUCACCUUCAGGAAGGAGCCUCAGCCGGAGCCGUCUCCCAGUAAAGGCAGACCGUGCAGAGAGUCCCUGUGUGGAUGCUGCCCCGGACACUCUAGUCAGAAGGUCAGUUUGAAAGACCGUGUCUUCUCCAGCCCCCGAGGUGUGGCUGCCAAGGGCAAGGGGUCCCCUCAGGCCCAGACCGUCCGGCGGUCUCCCAGCGCCGACCAGAGUCUGGAGGACAGCCCAAGCAAGGUGCCGAAGAGCUGGAGCUUUGGGGACCGCAGCCGGGCGAGGCAGGCCUUCCGGAUUAAGGGCGCUGCGUCCCGACAGAACUCGGAAGAAGCAAGCCUCCCCGGGGAAGACAUUGCAGAAGACAUUAAGAGCUGCAACUGCGAGUUUGUGACGGAAGAUCUGACCCCGGGCCUCAAAGUCAGCAUCCGGGCCGUGUGUGUGAUGCGGUUCCUGGUGUCCAAGCGCAAGUUCAAAGAGAGCCUGCGGCCGUACGACGUGAUGGACGUGAUUGAGCAGUACUCGGCCGGCCACCUGGACAUGCUGUCCCGUAUCAAAAACCUGCAGUCCAGGAUAGACAUGAUUGUGGGCCCCCCACCCCCUCCGACCCCUCGGCACAAGCAACACCCCAGCAAAGGACCCGCGGCCCCUCCGAGACGGCCGCCCCAGUACUCACCUAGAGUGGACCAGAUCGUGGGGCGGGGCCCAGCGAUCACCGACAAGGACCGCACCAAGGGCCCGGCCGAGGCGGAGCUGCCCGAGGACCCCAGCAUGAUGGGACGGCUGGGAAAAGUGGAGAAGCAGGUCCUGUCCAUGGAGAAGAAGCUGGAUUUCCUGGUGAACAUCUACAUGCAGCGUAUGGGCAUCCCCCCGACGGAGACGGAGGCCUACUUUGGGGCCAAGGAGCCGGAGCCGGCGCCGCCGUACCACAGCCCCGAGGACAGCCGGGAGCACGGGGACAGGGGUGCUUGCAUCGUCAAGCUUAUCCGCUCAGCCAGUUCCACGGGCCAGAAGAACUUCUCGGCGCCCCCGGCCCAGUGCCCGCCCUCCACCUCGUGGCAGCAGCAGUGCCCCCCGCGCCAGGGCCACGGCACCUCCCCCGUGGGUGAUCCUGGCUCGCUGGUGCGGAUCCCGCCCCCACCCGCCCACGAGCGGUCGCUCUCGGCCUACAGCGGGGGUCCCCGGGCCAGCACGGAGUUCCUGAGGCACGAGGGGGCCCUGCGGGACAGCGACACGUCCAUCUCCAUCCCGUCGGUGGACCACGAGGAACUGGAGCGCUCGUUCAGCGGCUUCAGCAUCUCCCAGUCCAAGGAGAACCUGGACGUCCUCAACACCUGCGGCGCGGCCGCCGCGCCCUGCGCCAAAGUCAGGCCCUACAUCGCGGAGGGCGAGUCUGACACGGACUCGGACCUCUGCACCCCGUGCGGUCCCCCGCCACGCUCCGCCACCGGGGAGGGCCCUUUCGGCGACGUGGGCUGGGCCGGGCCCCGGAAAUGAGGCCGCCCGCUGGCCUCUCCCUGACUCUCGGCCUUCCAGGUGUGCGGAUGGGACUCUCCCAGGCCCUUUCCUCAGAGCGACACGGGUGGGGCCUGUGGGGGUGAAGGCAGACUGGGGGGCACCAGGUCUCACGUGGCGAAGGCUGACAAGAGUUUCUUUUCUAACGAGGGGCAGCCAGGCCGGCCGUGCCCACUGUGAGCCCGUUGGCGCGGGUGCGAGUGGGGGUGACAGCUGAGGACAGACCCCCGGCGGUGGGGAGGAGGCACAGGGCGCCGGUGAGGGUGGCUGCUGCGGGAGGGUCGGUGGCCUUGAGGCUUAGAGGGGAGGGAGCCACGGCCUGUGCCUGCGGCUGCAGGAGGUACGGCUAGCCCCUUGAGUGUGGCUUAUCCUUGUCCCUCGGUCCCUGCCCCCACUGUCCCCGCACGGCAGGCAUGGUGAUGGGCGGUCUUCCAGAGAGCUGCUGGUCAGCACCACCUCCCCCCACCCCCGGGUCCGCACCAGUCCCGAGUCCAGAAUGCUGGCCUGGACAGGAAGGGGUGAGGUGAGGCCCCAGCACCUCCCAGCGUGGGCUCCUGGGGGCCGGGGCUGCUCCCUAGGCCUCUGGAAGAGGGUCCUCAGAGGCUCCCACAGCCACAGGAGGUCUGGGGAUGGGCAGCCCGUGUUCUGUCUGCUCUGCUCAGGCUGGGCACCAGCCACCAGGCCACGACCAGCUCUGAAAGGAGACCUGUGUGCAGCUGGGUGGCUUGGGGCACAGCCAGGCUGGGCUCCUGUUUCCAGGUCCCAGGGCCAGGGGUUUGGUGACCAGAUUCACAUGGUGUCUUUCACUGGGGGUCUUGGCUCCCUGGUCCCUCCCUGGGGCCUUGACAGGACCGGGGCAGGACAAUGAUGUUCUAAGGCCUGGGAAAACCCUUCAAAGCCUCUUGAGGGUUGUGGGGUCCCCUCCCUCUGCAGGGUUCAAGCAGCUCUCUCCUGUAGGAAGCCUCUUUUGUCCCCACUGGAGCUGACCGUCCACUCACCUGCUCUCCACUGACCUGUCCCUUGGCUGGGACUUCUUAAGAGUCAAGGAUGCCCAUCUCCACCCUGGGCCUCAAGGAGCAGGCACCCCCAUCUCUCCUGGGGCAGGCCCCUUGGCCCCAGGGACAGCAGCUGUGGGGUUUCCCUUCUGGGCACUCAGCGCUCAGUGUGUGCAGGCAUCUGGCAGUUGGGACCACGGGUCUGGUCACCUGGCGCUCUCUGAGGUGGUGACCUCGUGUGCACUAGGGCUGGGCGCAGCCAAGCCCGCUGUGGAGCGACUUCCCCUGAAACCUACCUCUCGGGAGAGCCCCACUGCGACUGGGACUGGAAGUGGCCAGUAACAGAGUCGCUCCUGUCCUCUGGGAAGUGCCCAGGAAGCGGUGCUGAGGGUCCCGGGCUCUGGGCCUGGGGUCCUGCAGCUCUCCUUGGGGACUCGUGUCUGUUGAGCAGGCGGGGCCAUGGCUGCGGGCGCUGCCCCUUCCCCUGAUCCUGCUCUGGGCACCUCCUUGCCUGACGGGCAGCCAGAGGUUGGGCCAGCCUGUGUUCGCCCAAGGGUGGCGCCCAGAGCGGGAGGACGAAGGCUCAGAGUUGGGAACCUCUGCUCGUGUCAGGGACCCGGCAUGAGGACACCCCCGUCCCCAGCCUUGGGGAGGGGCAGGCGUGGAGGUGAGUGGCCCCACGGCCUGGAGGGGAGGCGUUCUGGAGCUCUGCUGGUUUUCCCUCAUGCUGAUGAACUGUGUUCCUGAGGGCAGUGUUUCUCUGGCCUUGGGCCUUGCGGUGGUGAGAAGUCCCUGCCAGUGCAGAUACCGUGAGCCCCUGACGUGGCCUGUGUGUCGUGGCCCUGCAGGCUGGCCCUCCCAUCGCUGCCUGCCUCUGGGCUCGGCGCCCUUUACCCUCCUGCCACGGGGGACUCGGGCUGCAGGCCCCUGGGCAAGGCAGGAACCACGGGGUGGCACAGCCACAUCCGUCCCCAGCUCUGGCCCCGUGCCAGCAACGGGGACCCCUCCGCUGCCGGGUCUUGGUCGUCGGGGGCUCCAGGACCUGGGAGGAGGGGGCUCCAGGGCCUGUUCCCCAAACUCCCUGUGCCAUGCGCCCUUGGUAGCCAAGGAAGCCGGCCUCGGAGGGGCAGGGGGUGCCCUAGGCUGCAGCGGGAGGGAUGGGCUGGCCUGCCGGCAGGUCCCACAUCCAGGGAGGGUAUGAUGCCUCCUGCAUGGAGUCUCUGCCCCCUUGGAAGGGAGGCUGGUUUCGGGUACAGGCAGGAGAGAUGGUAUUGUAAAGGUGUCUCCUUGAGACCCGCAGAGCCAGGCCCAAGCAGCGUGCGCACCCCGGGUCCCGCCUCCAGAGGGGUAAGAGCAGGAAGAGGCCCGUGCUGUCACGGGGCGUCUGCGGGGCGCAUGUGACCGGAGUGGGGCUCAGGGCAGCUGUCACCCCUUGGCAGGUGCGGCAGGGUUUCCUGAAGUCCGGGGGAGGCUGGAGUCUGCUCACACUCAGCUCGCAUCUGGGCACACACACACGUGCGCGUGCAUUCACUGCGCUCCUGACUCCCGUGGCCUUUCGUCUGAUCUUUCUGUCUGGGUCUGCCCACUUCAAGCCCCAAGGAAUGGACACAUGGAGUGACAGGUGCUCCCGUGCCCAGGCUCCUGGGCAGCAUGGGCAGAGGGGCCCCCUGGCCCCAUCCAGGGUCCCACACGCCUCACAUCCGCUGCCCAGCAGCUGUCCAGAGCCUCUGGUCGGUUGGAUGCCACCUCACGGUGUGGACUGGGCCGGGAAGCUCUGGGCGUCCAGUUGUGACCCUGGGGCCCUGGCCACCUCCCUCUGCCCUCCUUGGCCAUGUGGGUGUUGUCCCCUCUCUCCCUGGCAUAUUGAGGCCCCGCAUCUCCCCCUUGUCCACAUGCUCGGAGCCGUGACCUUGCUAGUCCUCCCUGGAGGAUGGAGGGGCCCUGGCUACGUGGCAGAGGCUUCCCCUGGCCUGUCCACCUGUCCCCUCCCCUUGGAAGGCCACCGUCAUCCCCACCUGUGGGGUCUGCUCUCAAGCCCCGUUUGGACGCUCCCGGAGCUCACCCUGCCGGGACUGCUGUGUGGAAGCCUACGGGCUUAGGGCAGGUCUGGACCUGCCCCGCGGCCAGCCCUACUCCCUGAGCCCAGAGCACACGAGCCAGCCAGGCACGGUCGACGUCUUUAACGUGGUGAUUUGGCUUAACUGACCUUCUCCCCUCGUACUAGGCUGGAGUCCCCCGGUGGUCACCGAUUCGACACAGUAACACAGAAGCCAAGGGGGCGGCAUCCUCUCCUCCACUGGCCCCACGUUCAGGGGCCCUCCGUAGAGCAGGUGCCCCUUGCCUGUGCCGGGUGUGGAUGGAAUCGGCCCUGAGACGUUUCUAGACACUUUUUGAAGCCCAGAGGUGUGGAUGGCCCCUGGGAGGCCUUUGUAGAAAUGCUGAUGUUUGUAUCUAUUUCGUAUUCUCCCCAAAUUGUAAAUAAUGUACACAGCGGUGGGCUCAGGGGCGUCCCUGACGUGACGCUGCAAGACCAGAGUGAAGACACAUCGUCCCACCCUCCGAUGUCACAAGCCCUUGAAAUAAACGUGGUGUGCAGAGGGACAGCCUGACAGCCCAUGGAGGGUUUGGGGGCACCACAGCAGUGUGGCUGGGUCCCGAGCAGCCGGUGGGGCUCCGUGCCCCUGGUGCCCCCCAGUGCUCAUGGCUCAGAAUCAGACGCUCCCUUCCCUGACCAACGCUGUCCUGAGUCAUCCUCUGCUGCCUUCUGUGACCCCGGAGCGGAUCUUCAGGCCACCUGCUUGGAUGGACCGAAGCUGGGCGAGGGGCAGGAGGCCUGGGUGGGGCCCGGAAGGAAUGGGCUGUCUGCUUCCAGCACCAGGAGAGGCUGUGUGUUGUCCCAGGCCAGCUGUCCUCUGCUGGGCCCCUGCCAAGCCCUAAGUAGGAGAGACAGCCGGGGAGGGCUUCCUGAAAGAGGCAGUAUGGUGGGAUUGGGGGCUUGUGACUCUCUUCUCUCCAAGGAACCCAGGAAAGCCAGCUGCCUAGGCUAGGACACUAGUGGCCUCUGGAGCAUGCAUGGGCGGUGGUCACAGUUCGCUGGACAGGCCAUCUUGUGAGGGGAGGGGGCUGACGGCAGACCUCAGAAGGAGACGUUGGGGGGAGAGAGGCUUCAGCAAACAGGGUAGAGAGAGCGAGGAAGACACGCUCCCUGGAAGGUGAGACCCUCCGUCCACCUCUCAAAGGCACCCUUAGGGUUGGAGGAAUUGGGGGGGGGGGCCUCUUGUCUUGACACCUGGCGGGCAGAGGAUGCCAGGGAGAGCCUGGGGAUCGCCCAGAUCAGGUGCAAGGGGAGGGGGCCCUCAGGGGGGUGGCGCUGUGUCCCGGCCCCCCAAUGCCGUAUGCCCAACUCUGGCUGGGUUUCAUAAUGUCGUUGCCUUAAUGCACGUGGACGGAAAUUCACCGAGGUCGCCCCAGGCCCCCGGAGUCUGCCCGGCACCACACCCUGCCCCCUCGUCCAUGGGACGGGCGCUAUGGUCGGACGCAGAGCGGGCAACGGACCAGGAACUGGCCCUGUGCCCGCCGGGACCCUCCUCACCCCGUCCCGCGCCCGCCCCUGCCACUCGCUGCCCCGCGGCCCCCGCCCGUGCUGCUGCCUUGGCCAUCUGCACUUUGUUCAUGCUCCAAAGAAUUCUUCAUUUGCCUUCAGUACUGACGUGCCCUUCCGACCACGUAUGCACCCCUGCCCCACAGCCGCUGGGCCUGUUUCGUGAAUGUGUCACCACUGCACACUCGACCCUCGACUCGCGCAUUGUCCGUCUUCUAGGGAUAGACGCCCAGGGAAUGAACUCUAGUUUUGUACGGACCAGCCGAGACACUAACUUCUCAACUCACUGUCCGCUUCACACUCGUCCCCGAGAAUGGGGCCCGGCCUGGGUUUGCCCGGCGGCUUCAGGGGUGGAAUCCAGCAGCAGGGACGCAUGUGAAAAGUUCCGGGAAGUUCUAUUGGACCUGUUCGGAAGCCCAGGGGACCUGUGCACUUAGUAAAACACAGUGAUUCAACCUG